AUGUCGGUUACAGUAAGAGUUCCAAUGAAUAUAGCGCUUGUUAAAUAUUGGGGAAAAAGAGAUGAGAAAUUGAUAUUACCACUAAAUGAUUCAAUUAGUCUAACUGUUGAUGAAUUAUGUGCUGAAACAAGUGUUGAAUUGGUCAAACAGGAUGAUCAUACUGUAAGUUGUUAGAUUUUCGGAAGUGAAUAAAUAAUUUUUGAUUGACAUGAAAAAUAAAAUACUAGUUUUGUAAUUUGAUAAUGAAACAUCGUGAAUUACCAUGUGGCAAUUUAUAAUUUUUUAAUUGUGAAAAAAGAAAUGAUAAAAAUUGAAAAUUUUGUACGUGAACUUUUCCUGGUGGAGCUUAUUUAUUUUUUCUGAAUUUUUUGAAACGCAUUUUUUUAUCACAAAAUUAUUUUUUCAGGUUUCGAUAAAUGGGAAAGAAGUUGAUUUGGAAAGCAAUAAGCGGUACAGAACUGUUUUCAAUGUAAGUUUCCAUAUUCUCUUAUUUUUUUAAUCUCACCAAAAUUUCAGGAAGCUCUUCGCUUUCAACGAAAACGUGCUCACGAAAAAGAAAAUGGAACUUCGAAUAACAACAUUGGACUGAAAUUCAAAGUAACAUCCACAACAAAUUUUCCAGUUGCAGCUGGAUUGGCUUCUUCUGCGGCUGGGUUUGCAGCGAUUUCAAUGGCUAUUCAGAUAUUGAUUGGGUUAGAUGAAACACAGGCAAAUAAAGUAGCUAGAAUUGGAUCGGGAAGUGCUUGUAGAAGUAUGUUUGGUGGAUUAGUUCAAUGGAAAUCUGGAAUUAAAGACGAUGGAACUGAUUGUUUUGCUAUUGUUAGUUUUUUUUUUUUUCAUAUUUUAAAGUAAAAAUGUUAGAGAUAAAUUUAGAAAGUGAAUGAAGGUUGGAAUACUCUUCGAUGUCUCAUUUUUGUUUUCGAUGGCGAAGAGAAAAAAGUUGGAAGUACUGAAGGAAUGCGAAGAUCUUCACAAACUUCUGAUUUAUUAAAAUAUCGAAUCGAACAUUUGGUGGACAAACGGAUAGCGAAAAUAGCCGAAGCUUAUGAAAAACGUGAUUUUGAUGAAUUCGCAAAAGUUAUAAUGUCAGAUAGUAAUCAAUUUCAUGCAAUUUGUUUGGAUACAUCUCCACCAAUUCGAUAUUUGAGUGAUGCAUCUUGGAAAUUAAUUGAAGUUGUUGAAAAGUUCAAUGAAAAUGGGAAAAGAAAAGCUGCUUAUACAUUUGAUGCUGGACCAAAUGCUUGUGUCAUUUUGGAAGAUCAGAAUGUUCAAGAUUUUCUUCGUUUUGCAACUUCGCAAAUUGUUGUGCCAAUUGAUGAUCUCAACAAAAUUUCAACUUCAAUUACACAAACAGAACAACCAAUUGCAGUUGCCAAGAAAUUAAUUUAUAGUUCAAUGGGUUCACCGCCAACUCAAUUAUAG